AUGAGGAGCUCCCUUUACCUGGCCGGCCUACUCAGUGCCCUCACCAACCUCCAAUCGGCGGUGGCAUCACCCGUUAUCUUCCAACUUACUGAACGACAUAGACUCAAUCCGUACCCGCACAAACCGCGCCUCACCUUUAAGUGGGAUGGGACAUUCAAGUUGACUGUCUUUUCGGAUCUUCAUUUUGGCGAGAAUCCGGAGGGCGUUUGGGGUCCGGAGCAAGACAAGAACAGUACCAUCUUGAUGAAGACGGUGUUGGCGAGUGAGAAACCGGAUUAUGUGUAUGUUGCUACUAUCUGUCCAUUGUCAUCUUGGAUAAGCUCAACCUCCUUCACUACUAGUGUUUUGAACGGAGAUCUGGUUACGGGAGAGAACACAUACAAACAGAACUCGACCUUGCUCAUUGACCAAAUCGUUGCGCCUCUCAAUCAAGCAAGGAUUCCGUUCUCUUCUACCCAUGGAAAUCACGACAAUCAGGUGAACAUCACCCACUUGGAAGAAAUUGAACGAGAGCAGAGGAUCGCUCCGCUGAGCUAUACCCGCACGGCACCUGCUGGGGUUGGAGGUACUGAAGGACCGGGAAAUUACUGGGUCCCCAUUUACAGACACUUCUGGGAUCGCGCUCCUAUUCUGAUUCUCUGGUUCUUCGACUCGCGCGGUGGAGUUUCGACAAAGCCCAAUUCGACUGCCCUCCCUGACUGGGUUGACUCCUCCGUCGCAGAUUGGAUCAAGAGCGAGUCCAAAGCCAUGGAAUUGGCCUGGGGACCAGCUGAUACCCGCGGAGCUUUGGCUUUCGUGCACAUUCCUCCCCAUGCUGUACAAGCACUUCAAACAAACUUAGAUAGCACAAAGAACCCCGGGUUGAACGCGGACACACUGGGCGGUGGUUCUGUACAAGCCUCAAAUGACCCAUCCACCCUUGGAAAAGACGGCCCAUUUUGGGAUGCACUCACAGGGAACGUAAAGAACCUGCACGCCAUCAUCUCAGGUCACGACCACGGGAACGAGUGGUGUGCUCGCGAACCCGCGAAGGACGUCGUUUUCUGCUUCAACAAGCACUCUGGAUAUGGAGGUUAUGGUGAACCUGAGUGGGGAUAUGGUGUACGAAACAUUGUGUUCAGGUCCCCUGAUCCGAAGAAGGGUGUUGAUACGUGGAUUAGGCUACAGGGUGGGGAGACGAGGGCGAGAGUUACGUUGAAUGAUACCUAUGGGCGUAAGUAG